GCGACCUUCACUGCCGCCUCUGCACCCUGCCCGGGCAGGACAGAGCCACGUCUCCCCUUAGCUUCGGUGCAGGAUGAGCAGAGGAAGCCAAACUGUUUCAUAAAGAAGAAAAGUUUUUUUCCUCUACUUUUUCCUUUCAUCUGCGUCGAGGACUCGCUCUUGUCGGCUGAACGUCAGUGCAGUAACGUGCUGAACUGUUUAACAUUAGCAUUGUAGCGUCAACGUGCAGCAGUGUGGUGUUUUGAUUGAACAGCUGUCUUUUUCGAGGGUCCCACAGACAUAUCUCCGUGGAUGUCGCGUGUGUUGACGCCCGAGCAGACCCCCGUAAAGGACCGCAGCACUGGGAUGACUUAAAUGGAGUGAGACACCGCUGUCAAGGGAGAUCUACAAGAAAGCCGAUCCACAUAUCUGGUUCAGGACAAACUGAAGUAGCACCUUGGAAACUUCCCACCUGCGUUGGAACCCUUGAACUUCAAAAAUGGAUGGAAUAGGCACCUUGCAGAGUUCGGCCCCAGAGACCAAGGCAGAGCGAAUUGCUAGAUACAAGGCAGAAAGGAGGAGGGAGCUCGCCAAGCGCUAUGGCAACACGGAUGAAGUCACCUCCAAAUAUGUCCGCAGGGACAGGAAAAUUGGCGAUGCAUCCGAAACGGUGUCGUCAGAAACCAAGGAGAAGGAAAAAUACGAGGAUAAUGGAUCGGAGCAAACGUAUACCAGGAGGGGCUUCAGGACCAAAGCAGCAGAACCUGUGGAGGAGCAGACUGACGACGAGCCCACGCACUUCAAAACGGACACAAUUUCAUCCUCUAAAUCAGAAGCUGUCUCCUCCAUGAAGGAGUCCUCUCAUUCGAGUCUGCUGGAAGCCGAUGACACAGAGGAGCCAAAGGAUGACGAGAAGCCUAUGGACUCAGCCAAGAGGACUUCCACCAUGUCUCUUUUUAAGGACCAGGAGGGAUCGGAGGAUGGAAGCAGUGGCCGACGCCCCGACGACGGGGUCAAGGGUCAGCGAAUGAGCAGUGAUGAAGAGGAGUCCUCCACCAGCCUUCCCAAAACUGAAAGCAAGUUAAUGGACGAGAAAGACACCACAGAUGAACCUUCAUGGAAGGAGCCGCAUGAAAAUGCUUCCACCGUUGAAGAAAAGCCUUCCAGUCUCCUCUCCGACAGGGCUCUCCCCCUCAGCAAGAACCGAGACGCCUCCCCCCCUCCCUCUCCUCCCUGCCAACUCGCCGCCUCGCUGCAGCGCCAAGACUCCGGGUCUCGGGGCAUCAGGGGAAUCCUAAAGAAAAGCCGUUCCACCAGCAUGGAGUCGGACUACAGCGAGGGCUCGGCGCCGGAUUGCGCGCCAGCCCGACAAACCGGUGUCACCCUCAGCCACCCUGAGAGCGAGGAGGAGAUGGAGGAGAUGGAGGAGAUGGAGGAGAUGGAGGAGAUGGAGGAGGAGGAGGAGGAAGAGGAGGAGGAGCAGGAAGAGGAAGAGGUCAAUGGGGAAAAUGACGGAGAUGAGUCAUUAACUGAUGAUAUCGCAGACGGCGGGCGCGUCAGCAUCGACGGACGACAGAGAGAGGGAAGCAGCAGCGGCAGUGGAGGGAGCUUUGAGGAGAUGCGGAGCUUUGAGGAGAUGCGGAGUCCCUCGUCUGACGAGAGCGCGGAGAAGACGUCCACGGUGUCGGAGGACGUGGAGGAACUGGAGAGCAGUUUGGAUGGAAGCCAGGGCUCCUCGCUCAAACAGAGACUGGCAGAGUUCACUAGUGAAGGUGAGAAGAAGGAUAGACCGAAGAAGCCCAAAACAUCCGAGUUGACCCACACAUCACUGGCCGAUCGCUUCGGCAAACUCCAACAUGCUGAAAAUGCCUGGAUGAAAAAGAAAUCCAGUGUAGAUUUGGGGCCCAAGAUGUCCCUGGCAGACAGGAUGAAGGUCCUUAAAGACAAGGAGGAGCAGUGGAAGAGCAGAGGCAAAGGAGCCGCCAACGACUCUGUCCAGUUCACUGUGGCUGGACGCAUGGCCAAGAAAGGUGUGGUGUCAGACACCGGAAAGGAAGAGUCUACUCUCAUCUCCCGCAAGAAGUCGAAUGCCACGCCCGUGAAGCCACUGGAAGAAAUCUCCAGUAGAACUGAUGUCAAAGUGGAAGGAGAUAAAAGGCUUGACAAGCUCGAGUCGUUCCUCGACAAGCUCCACAGUAAAGGCGUGAGCAAAAGCAGGACUUCCACCGUCGAGGUGACGGCAGAGACGGAGAAAGAAGUGAUGACCCUGGAUGACGAGGAGACGUUCGGCAACUUCUACAAAACUGUGUCCCCGUCGAGACUCCACGACUCCGGUGUGGUUUUGACGGAGGAGGAUCUCAGCCAGAUUCAGGACAAUUCACCAAAACUCACCUCAGCUGUAACCGAGCACAAGCGAGCAGUACGACCAAACAGAAGGAACCAGGGCUCCAGGAACCCUCUGCGGGCUCUGGCUGCCCGCAACGACAUCCGCCAGGUCUAUACUGAGCAGAGGCUUAACGUGGCCUCAUUGGAGACCAAGAGGAUCCAAGUGGAGAGGAUGGCAAAACACUCCAAAAGCAACCUGGCUGAUGUGGCCUUAGCGGGCCUCGCAAGCAAGGAGAACUUCCGCAAGGUGAACCUGCGCAGCGUGAAGUCCACCGAUGUUGUGACUAACAACAGCACACUGCCUUUCAACAAGCUCAUGCUCAUUCGCAUUAAAGGUCGGAGGCACAUCCAGGUGCGCCUGGUGGAGCCAACAGCCCACUCUUUAAACAGCGGCGACUGCUUCCUGCUCAUAACACCGAAGCACUGCUAUAUGUGGAGCGGAGAGUUUGCCAACGUGAUUGAGAAAGCUAAGGCGUCGGAGAUGGCAGCGUUUGUUCAGGCAAAGAGGGACCUCGGGUGUAAGGCGUCCCAGGUGACGGUGCUGGAGGAGGGCAUCAACACCGACACCAGAUGGGCCAAAGAGUUCUGGAGCCUGCUGGGCGGACAAACCCAAUACAGAGGGGCAGGGGAGCCAGAGGAGGACGAGCUGUAUGAGAAUGGGGUGUUGGACUCUAACGGGGUGUACAGACUCCAGGGAGAGAAACUGGUGCCUCACGAAGAAGCCUGGGCUUCCAUUCCAAGUGUCACCUUGCUCGACUCUAAAGAGGUCUUAGUGUUUGAUUUUGGCAGCGAAGUGUACGUGUGGCAUGGGAAAGACGUGCCCCUGGGUGACAGAAAAGUUGCUGUGAAACUGGGCAAACAGCUUUACAGCGGCAGCUAUGACUACAGCACCUACAGAGUCAACCCUUUAGAUGCCUCCUUCACAGAUUCGGAUGUGCCUCAGCAGGGGGAGGGUCGUCCGAGCUGGACUCUGUUUGGCCGGUUGUCGGAGCACAAUGAGACGUCCCUGUUCAGAGAGAAGUUCCUGGACUGGGCCGAGAGGAAGAAGGAGGAGGCAGCUCAAGCAGAUGAAGUCAAGAGCCCCGUCCACUGCAUUGAACGGCCCUCCUUUGACUUGGAGCUGCAGCCAUGUGACGCCAAGGCCCUGCUGGACAACGAGCCGGGGCCGGUGAAGACGGUUCUGGAGGGGGUGAACGUCCAGCGGGGCCAUGGCCUGGUGAGGGCCGAUGACGGACGACAGGCAGAGUUGGCUACAGUCGCUGUAGACGCCUGGCACAUCAAAGAGCACGGAGAGGAGGAACUGCCAAAAGAGAGCCUGGGCCAACUGCACGAGGCCGAUGCCUACAUCAUCCGCUGGAAGUACUCCAUCACCACAAUCGUGGGCAAGCGGCAGAAACCCGGGGAGCUGAGUGCCGGUGCUCCAGGUAGAGAGAGGACCGCUUGUUUUUUCUGGCAAGGCAGUCACUCCAGCAUCAGCGAGAAAGGAACAUCUGCUCUGAUGACAGUGGAGCUGGGCAGCCACAGGGGGUCACAAGUGUUGGUGACUGAGGGAAAAGAGCCUCCGUGCUUCCUGCAGCUCUUCCAGGGAGGUUUGAUCAUCCACAAGGGCAGUAGAGAAGAUUAUGCCCAAAACACAGUUGGCUGGCGGUUGUUCUGUGUCCGGGGUGAGGCAGAGGUGGAGGCCUCACUGGUGGAGGUAGAUCGCCAGCAUGCCAGUCUGCGCUCUCGUGCCAGCCUGGUGCUUCUCAAUGCUCAGAAAGGCCUUCUCUUCUUGUGGCACGGCUGUAAAGCACAUGCGAGUGCCAGGCAGGUGGCCAAAAGAGCCGCAGACAAACUAACCCAGAGGUGUUCCUCGGAGUUGAGUUUGAGCAGCACAAGCGGCGUGAAAGUUGAGGAGGUGGAGGAAGGAUCUGAACCUGCGGAGUUCAAGAAGGCUCUGGGCCCGCAGGACAAGAAGGCCUACGACUGUAUGCUGCAAGAUCCAGGGAAGUACAACUUCACACCGCGGCUGUUCCGGCUGAGCGCCAGCUCCGGGUUGUUCGAGGGGGAGGAGCGGCUGUAUCCAGCCAGGGUGACGGAGGGAGUCAUGGCCAUGCCCUUCCUGCAGGAGAACCUCUACUCCGCACACCAGCCAGCCCUGUUCCUGCUGGAUAACCGUAUGGAGGUGUACCUGUGGCAGGGCUGGCAGCCCGAAGACACGCAGUGCACCGGCUCUGCAAAGAUGCGCUGGAACAACGAGAGGAAGUGUGCCAUGGAGACUGUGCUGCAGUACUGCAAAGAGAAGAACCCUCGGCGCCCCCCUCUGGCGUAUCUGGUCCUAGCAGGCUGUGAACCUCUCACCUUCACCAACAUCUUCCCAUACUGGGAGAAGGACACCAGUAUCACAAAGGCGGAAAGCUCCAAGAACAAGGUGAUGUUAGUAAAGGAGGCGCUAUCUCAGCUCAGUAAGCUGCAGUACUCCAUCGAGGAGCUGACCAGGAAACCGCUACCAGAGGGAGUGGACCCUCUACGGCUGGAGGUCUACCUGUCUGACCAGGACUUCAAGACACUUCUUGAGAUGAGUCGAGUUGAGUUCAACGCUCUGCCAAACUGGAAGCAAAAUAAUCUAAAGAAAAGCAAAGGUCUGUUUUAAAACACCGCUUUUUGUACACAAAUCUUGUUUUUUUUAUGUUUUCAGCAGCUUUUUUAACAUUUGAGAGAAAAUCAUGUCCUCAUUUUGUAAUGUAUAAGAACAGCAAAUAUACAAUUUUGUUGAAAUAUUGCUCUAUUUUGAAUAACUUCCAUUUGUUUUAUGUUUCCCUGUAUCACUGAAAUAUUUUAGCCAAUCAUUAUGUGCAAUUGUUAAUCUUUCUGAUGGCAAGAUGUUUUCCUUGUAUGGUAAAAAAUAGUUACUGUCACAUUAUAAAUAUGUAAUAUACUUAAAAUGAAUGUGUUUUUAUGUCUGACACCAGACUGUGUCAAUUUUCAUGUGAGAUUGUGUUUGUAUGAGAAUUGCCUGUGGUAUUAAAACUGAGGGAGUUAUUCAUUGAUUUUUAUAUUUCAUGGAAAAAUGUGAUUAAAUCCUUUCAGCAAAAAUAUUGACAAAGUAAAGAAGCAAAACAAGUCAAAGUUCAGAGAACAAUCCCUAUAAUUUGUGGACAUUUGAAAGAAACGCGGUGGUCUUAAACCAAGAUUGUACUUGAUUGUACUACGUCUGACUUGUAUAGUUAUAACAGAAAAUAUAUAUUCAGCUUUUAUUCUAACUGUAGAUGUAUUUGUAUGUGGGUGUGGAAAAGUAAACUCUGAAAUCCCAGAGAAAACUGAAACAUGAAAAGUUAACUGUGACUUUGCAACCAUCACAUUGAUGAGACUGACUGUUGUCAGCA